CAAGCUGCGCACAGAAAUAAACGCAAUGACAUGAACGAACCCCAGGAACUAUCCAAGUCAAAUGCAAAACCUGCCACACUGAGCUAUUCAAGAUGGUUUUCGAAACUAUUUCAAGGAUAAUAAAAGUCCAGCUUCCAGCCUACCUCAAGAGGCUUCCACUUCCGGAGACGAUCGGCGGAUUUGCAAGGUUAACAGUCUCUGAGUGGCUCCGGUUGCUGCCUCUUCUGGGUAUCCUGGCUUUGCUGGGCUAUCUGACCAUUCGCCCAUUCCUGCCAAAGAAGAAGAAGCAGCGAGACAGCCUGAUCAACCUGAAGAUCCAGAAAGAGAACCCAAAAGUAGUCAACGAGAUAGACAUUGAGGACCUGAACAGCGCAAAUGUUUGUUACUGUCGCUGCUGGCGCUCUAAAACUUUUCCUGUUUGUGACAAGUCACACUUAAAGCACAAUGAGCUAACUGGAGACAACGUGGGACCGCUCAUACUCAAAAAGAAGAUACUGUAAUUGACGGGAGUUUUUCUUUGACCUCCUCAGCCUUUCGUUUUCAUUUCUUAACAGUUUGUAGUUUGUCUACUUUUUGUUUUUACAAGAAUCUUUGUCUCGCCUUGGUGCCACGUUAAUGUUGGACAGAGAGAUUGACUUCCAGAGUUUUCAUUUGAAGUGGUCCUCUUAACUAACCUCAAAGUACACUUUUCCACAGUGUUUGUGAGAGAACUGUAUUUUAGGUUCUUUAAUGGCAUCAUGCAGUUAAGAAGGUUUCAUUUGUUGUUGUUUUUUGGCCCAUUCUUCAUUGCUCACUUUUGGUUAACAAAACAGCCUUUUUUUUUAUUUGACUGUAAAUUCAGUUUAAGUCAUGUCUCAGUCUUUUUCCAAUCAACUACAAUUCAUCAUUGGGACCACUUUGAGGAGGAAACUGUAAAUAUAAUUGCAGUGACUUUAUGAUGACUUUCAAUGAUCUGAACUCAACAAGGAGUUCCGAGUUAAUGGUUGUUUUAAUUAAAUACUUAAUACUAGUCCAACCCCUAAUCAACAUUUUGUACUGUAUGUCUUCAUUUUUGACGAUUCUUUGGUAUUAUUUAACAGUCUUUUUGUCUGUCUGUCUCUUUUAAGUUAUUAUGUGUCUUGGAGGCUACUUAUUCCUUCUUCAGAUGUAUUUUGUUCAUAGCCUAUAUAACAGUUUUUGAAGGCUAUGAACAAGGCUAUGAGUUUUACAUUUUGCAUUCAACACCGUUGCCUAUAAACAUUUCAACCCACUGCACCAUGGUGUAAUAUCCAGUUACAGUUUUACCCUCACCAUCCCAUUGAUUUGACAAUGUAACUUCUGCAGGACAAGAGCUCUACUGUUUUUUUUCUAGCCUCUGUAAUGUCAUAAUGGCUGUAUAUAGUUGACUUCCUGCUAGAAGAUUUCCUCUUAAAUUCAUCAACAAUAUUUUAUACAUAAAUGGCUUUUGUCAUCAGAUCUGUGUUUUCAUGAUGAUGUGAUGCAUGUUUGCAUGUUUAUGUACCUUUUGUAAGAAAUGGCUGUAAUCUCUUCAUUCUGCAUUUGAAAUGUAACAUGUAGAAAUAAGAAUCCCAAUCAGCUUUAUUUGCCAGGUAUGUAUACACAUACGAGGAAUUUGACUCAGGAUUGUACUUUGCUCAUGAUGUGCUUACUCAUACAAUAAUAAAAUCAGACACAGGCUACAGUAUAGAGAACAUAUAUAUAUAUAGACUCUAUAAACAAAAAUACUAUAGACAGAUUGAGACAAUAGUGCAAUGAGCAGAGUGCAAAGGAUGCAGGAGUAAAUUAUUAUUGUUAAUACCACGUACAUGUCGGCGGUGGAUGUGAUACACAUGUACACAGUGUGAUGGAGCAUAGUGCGAAGGAUGCUGGAAAAAAUAAGUAUUAUGUGCAGGUGUUAUGUACUUGAGGUAGGUGGAUUUGGUAUAUGGUAAAUACAAUAUGACAAAAUGAACAGCACUGAAAUAGAGAAGGAUGAAUAAAUAAUAGAUGGUAGUCAGUAAACAGGUGGCUGAUUAGAAACCGAGUUACUGCAGUGAGUCAGAAGUCAGCUGUUCAUCAGAGUGAUGGCUUGUGGGAAGAAACUUAAGGAUGUUCAAGUCAACAGUUUUGUCAGAAACAGAACUGCGGCUUCAUUCUCUUUUUCAUUAUGAUUUUGAAAUUUUAAAUUAAUUACAAGAUAACCAAUCAC